CCAGGACUGAAAUGUUCCUACCGCGGGAAACAUGCACGUUGAUACCAGCGAUCCUCCUCAUUUUCUUCCUGGCAAUCUCACCUGUCUUUUUACAAUCCGUAACUCUCUUCAAAAACAAGAACUUCGGUGGUCCUAAAUGUGAUGUUCAGGUCCAAGGAUGCAAACCGGUUUGUCCUGAAUUGAAGAGCCAGGCUUCAUCUUUACAAAUGACUGCCAACUGCGCUAAUUUUUACCGACGGGAAGGCUGUACAGCUUACAUGGGCACUUGGAACUCGAACAUGGGUGAAAUUAAGAACUUGAAGCACAAGGACGCCCAGGAUUCAAUCGUGUCUGUCGGGGACUGUAGCAAGCCAAUCCCGGAUAAUACCGUUACUUUUUACCAGCAUAAGAAUUAUCACGGGAAGAGCUGCACCAUACAGGUGAAUGAGGGCUGCCAACCUAUGUGUCCGGACUUGGACAACCUAGCUUCGUCCGCAGAAGGAAACGCCGCCUGCAUAGAAACAUACGACGAUCUCAACUGCCACCGUUACGUGGGUGAUUUAAUUGAUUUCAAAAUUGGGGGCUACAGAAACUUUGAAAAAUGGCCUAAUACAUAUUACGGAUUUUAUCAAGACAGAAUCUCCUCCGUUAAAUUGUGCUCGAUGAACAGGACCGCUACAUUCUACGAAAGCACUUAUCAAGUAGGGAAAUUUUGCACCAUACCGUUAAAUAAAGGCUGCCAACCGAUGUGCCCCAAACUUAAAAAAGAAUUUUAUUCUAUGAAUGCGACAAAUAGUUGCGUUAGGACAUGGUCAGAACCCAACUGCACAGGAGAACAGAGUCAAUACCAUGUACCCGUGAAUCGCCAUUAUCACUAUGCAGCCUCUGUCGAGGACUGUGUAGACACGGAUCAGGACAAACUUCCAACGAGACUGGAUCUCAGGCGACCUGAUAUCUGGAAAUGAGAACAAUCAGUGAACCCAUGAAAAGUGUAACAUUAAGAGAAGUUGAGAAUAA